AUGGAAAAGAAUAUAAGUAUCAAAGUAUCUUACCAAAAAACGAAUCGUCGCUUUGCUAUUGCCAAGAAUGCCAAAUGGUCAGAACUUGAAACUUCUAUUCGAACUUUAUACUCCUUUCCUCCGACAUUCUCUUUUGCUCUAACUUACACGGAUGAAGAUAGUGAUAUUAUUACCUUACGUUCUGAUUUAGAACUUCAAGAAAUUUUAUCUCAACCUCACUCUUCAACCUUGAAAUUUACUAUAGUUCCUUAUGAGAUAGAAAACAAAGAUAUUGAAAGUAAUAUCGAUAAAGGUAUUGAAAGUAAUAUCGAUAAAGGUAUUGAAAGUAGUAUUGGUAAAGGUAUUGAAAGUAGUAUUAUUGAAAGUAGUAUUGAUAAAGAUAUUGAAAAUAAUAUCAGUAAAGACAAUAAUUUCAGUAAAGACGAUAAAUACAAUAAAUCCAAUGAUAUCAAUAAAGGCAAUAAAGACAAUGAUAUCAGUAACCUGGAAGUAGAGGAAAUAGAUCAACUUUCUCAAUAUUUCUCAAAACAACAUUCUUCUAAUCAAUCUCCUUAUGAUGAACAAAAUCACCAAGAGGAACAAACAAGCAAACCACCAUUCAUUGAUUUAGCAGCACAAUUCCAAAAACUAAUUGACCAAUUUCGUCCGUUAAUUGAACAACAUCCACGACUUAUAGAACAAGCUAAUAAUGUUAUGGAUCAAAUUUUACAUAAUAUUCCUGUAGAUCUUGAGAUGUGGACUCAAUGGUUUAAAGAUCAAAUUGCAGAUAUACAACGAAAUUUCCGUGAUGUGAAAGCAAAUAUCUCGGAUGAAGAAAAUAUAAAUAUUUUUGAUGAAAUUCAACGCUUUGCACAGAAUGCAGUUCAAAGUGGCCAAUCCAUAGCACAGAAUGCAGUUCAAAGUGGUCAAUCCAUAGCACAGAAUGCUCGUAAAUGGAGCCCUCCAUGGAUUCGUGGUGACUUUUUUAUGACUGAAGAGGAAAUCAAUGAAAAAUUAACAUCAUUACGUUCGAUGGGAUUCCGAAAUGAUAAGGAAAAUGAAGAAUUAUUGAAAAAAUAUUAUGGAAAUGUAGAAAAAGUAGUUGAAAUUUUGCUUUCAGAGCAAAAUGAUUCCGAGUAUACUUUUGUGGAUAAUGAAGUUCAAAUGGAAGAUUUGUAG